GUGAUGUGAUGUGAUUUGAAUUAUUGUAGGUUGACCCGCAGUAUAGUUCCCCUGACCUCAAAACCUUGAGAGAGCGUUUACUCAAGAACGUAGAGAAGAUGAACUCCGAGGUUCAAAUUCAGAAACAGAAACCUAAAAAGAAAACUAUCUUUGACGACAGAUUAUACUUGACCAAUAAUUAUGUAAUAGAUGGAAACAGUAAUAAAGAAAAUAUAUCGAACCUUCGAGGAGUACCUCUGAGCUCCCAAGAAUCCUGUUUAGUUGAAGAACUCUUGUACUCACUGGUUGGAAACCUGACCAGUCAUAUUCAACCCACCUGGAGCAGUUCAGGAGGAAUAGAGUUCCAACUAGACCCGUCCAUUGAUAAUAGUCUCAAGAGUUUGAUAUCUCGUAUCCUGCCUCUGUGUGCCAACUACAGCAAAGUGGUGGGUUGGUGUGAAGGAGAUGAAGUGGAAGGACGGACGAACCAAGCUCUAGUGUCCAGUAUAGAGAUGUUACUCCAGGACUAUAGAAGUUUGGUAUGCCAGCUGGAGGGAGAGCUGAGAAAAGGAAACCUGUCCUUGCAAACCUUGUGGUUCCGAUUACAGAACAGUAUACACAGUAUGGAUAUGUUGGCAGGACUAGUGGAUACAAUCUCCAGCAGAAAGGCUAAAGGAGGGACAACACUCUCCAUUCUUCAUGAUAAAUAUACUCAUUCUUGUGGAAACCUUAAAGCAGAGAAAAUAUUACACUUCUUAGUAGAGCUCACAUCCAAACCGUUCUUCGAGACCUUGUCUGCUUGGUUGUACCGAGGAGUCAUCCUGGACCCAUCCAAGGACUUCUUUGUGGAGGACAACCAGGUGCUGUGCAAGGAGUCUUUACCCCUAGAGUACAAUGACGACUUCUGGGAGAAGAGAUACGGAUUACGAAUUGAUAAAAUACCAACAUUUCUCCAGAAAUACUCUGAAAGAAUUCUAAGAACUGGUAAAUAUCUGAACGUUAUUCAACAGUGUGAGAAGCAAGUACACUGGCCGCCCCUGGAGAAUCUAGAAUAUUUAUCCAACCCAGAGGAUUACGAACCUCUCAUAGAGAAGGCGCACAUCUUUGCCUCCGCAACCCUGCUAGAGUUGUUGGUCAAGGACAGGGACCUGAUCGGACACCUCACCAGCAUGAAGAAAUACUUCCUCAUGGAACAGGGAGAUUUUAUUGUCCAGUUUCUGGAUUUGUGUGAGAAAGAACUAUCCCAACCUGUAGAUCAGGUUGAACCCGCCAGAUUAGAGUCUCUCCUAGAAAUGGCGUUGAGAACAUCUAGUGCUAACUACGAUCAGAACAAGGAUAAUCUGUGUGUAGCACUUCUACCCUAUGAUCUCAUAUUCCAGAUGGGGAAAAUACUCUCUAUUUAUACAUCGGAGGAACAGGUAGUUGAUUGGCCUGUUUCUCUUGUACUCAACCACAAAGCAUUGGUUAGAUAUCAAAUGCUUUUCAGGCAUCUGUUCUAUUGUAAGCAUAUAGAACGAUUGAUCUCAGCAGUCUGGAUUACAAACAAAGCCACAAAAUUCCUCCCAGGUGAUGCGUUCAAGGUCUAUCAUCCCUCCUUCGGUCUCCGACAGAAGAUGUUGGUUCUAAUCCAGAACCUGAGCUACUACAUGAUGGUGGAGGUUGUUGAGCCCGCCUGGCACAGCCUGGUCGUCAGCCUAGCCGCCUGUACUACAGUUGAUGAUGUUCUACAGAAGCAUAAUGAUUUCCUAGACAAUUGUCUUCAUGACUGCUUGCUCUCCUCACCCCAGUUGCUUGGAACAGUAAAGAAACUCCUCGGUAUCUGUGCUGAGUUCUCAGAGUAUAUGCAGAACCUCAGAUUAUCUAGUACUGAUCAGUUUAAUGAAGAUAUCUCCAGGUUUGAAUUAGAGUUCAAUUCUGUUCUGUUCUCCCUCCUGGACAAAAUAUCCCAACUUGGACGAGAUAAUUACAACGAGAAGGUUCUGAAUAUUCUGAACAGGAUUGAUUUUAACGGAUUCUACACAACUGCUAUGGAUCAAUUCCGGGCCUCUACUCCAGCUCCUGACGUAGUACCGUAAAUCAAUAAUCGAAUCAACGGAAAAAGUUUCUUGACCCCCCCCCCCCCUUCUCAAAAUUUCAUGGAAAUGCUGUUCCAGAAAUAUUUUCUCAUUUGAAAAAUGAGCCAUUUUAACUUUUAAACAAAAUAGAAUUCAAAGAAAUCAUCCCAGGCAUUUGAAAAUAAUCUCAUUCUAAUCCAAUACGCUUAUCAUACAAAAAAGUAUAUAUUAUAGUUUAUUUAUUAACCUAUGAUUAUAAUGUAAUUAACUAAUACAGAUUUAUUAAUAAUAAAAAGAAUGUUUCAGAUUAAUUGAAGAUGGGAGACGUGGAGUAAACUCAUCUUAAAUUCGUUCGCCGAAGGAAACAUAUAAAUUCAGGUUUCUGUUUAUGAUAGUUGGCCUUAUAACGUCUUUGUCAAGACUCCCAACCCACACAAGAUUCAUGUGGACCAAGAGCUCAAA